AUGUUAAUGCAAGUCUUCAUGUUUUUGAUAAUAUUUGUGUAUCAGGUGGCAGCACGAGGCCUAGACAUUCCAAAUGUCCGACAUGUCGUAAACUUUGAUCUCCCGGGUGAUAUUGACGAAUAUGUGCACCGCAUCGGAAGAACGGGUCGUUGUGGAAAUACUGGUCGAGCCACCAGCUUUUUCACAGAGAAGAAUCGAGCACUUGCUCGGGACUUGUCGCAGUUGUUGAGUGAAGCGAACAAAGAAGUCCCUGAUUUCCUCUUGCGAAUGGCUGCUGAAGGAAGAUCGCAAGGCAAUAAUCGCUCGGUUAACCGUCGUUUUGGUGGUUCAGAUCAACGGCGUGGCGGAGGUGCUGGCGCGACUCGUGGAGGCUUCAGUGGUCCACCUGUUGUGCCACCAACUAUGCAAAAUGGCUUUGGACCAAAUUUCACAGUCAACGCGAUGAACGGUUUUGCUCAACCUCCACGA